UACGAAACGCCCUCUCUCUCUGGUUCAAGGUCGUGGAGGGGAAAUCCGUGUUUGCAGCACCGGAACCAUUGCUUACAGACCUGAAAUCAAUUUUAUCAGAGGCUUCAAUCUCGUCAAUACAUAUUUGAAAUGAUCAGAAAUCCCUUAAUUAUGUAUGGCAGAAUGUUCUAAGUGUAAUGCCCCAAUAAUCUAAAAUCGUUCAUUUGUUCUUAAAUUUAAUUUAAUUUCCAAUGAAUAAGACAGGCAAGAAACGGAAAAAGGGUUAUGUCGGGGAGUCUAUUUUGUCUUAUUUUAUCCGAGACGAAAAAUACAAAGCUCCUGCCGAAACCGUGAACCCAUGUAAUAUAUCUACAUCUCUCCCAGUAUCUAAAAGCAACCCACUCGAAAAAACUCCUAGAAAAUGCCCUUUUUAUAAAUGGAUUCCAGACACAUCAUUUACUGUUGAUGCUUUCUGUUAUGCUGAAAUUCCAGGAUGUACCUGUUACUUCCUCUCCCAUUUCCAUUUUGAUCAUUUCAGAGGCAUCCACAGGAAUUUUAAAGGAGAUAUCUAUUGCAGCGAGGUGACAAAGAAUCUUUUGAGAAAUGCUUAUGGUUUGGGGCUGGUUAUUAAUGUGCUUGAGAUAGAGAAGAGUACAAAGAUUGGCGAUGUAGAAGUAACAGCUUUAGAUGCUAAUCAUUGUCCUGGCUCUUUAAUGUUCCUUUUCUAUGUGCCAUCAAAACAGAAAACUUAUCUGCAUACUGGUGACUUUCGUUAUACACCAUCAAUGUUAAAUCAUCCAAGUAUAUUAACAAAUUAUUUAUCGGACGACAUUUCUUCCAAAAAGUUACCAAGAAUACAUUCAAUAUUUUUGGAUACAACAUAUUGUUCAUCUCAGUAUGACUUUCCUACUCAACUGGAUGUUAUUCAUGGAGCACUGGAAGUUACACGUGAUUAUCUGAUAAAAGAUCCUACCAUUUUAGUUGUUUGUGGAAUGUACUCAAUAGGCAAGGAACGAUUUACACUUGGUCUUGCCUCUAAACUAAACCUAAAGGUUUGGUUGCCAAACAAUCAAAAUCGUUUAAUCAAGCUAGCUGCACAAGGCGGUUGUACUAUAUGCAAAGAACUGCUUCAAUAUGUCGUUGAUAGUUCUCACAAAGCUCAACUUCAUGUUCUACCUAUGCAGCAAUUGAAUGUGACAGGCCUCGUUGAAUAUCAAAAGAAAUUGGGCAAUCGAUUACCGAUUGAUCCUUUUCACAGUUCAUCAACCCUUUCUAAAUUGAGGUCUAUUCUAGGCUGGCGCCCAACUGGUUGGUCUCAUCGGCAGUCAAAUAAUACUCAAACAUCAAUGAAACCUCCACGGAAUGGCAUUGUUUUGGAACAGAAAAAGGGCGACAUUCACAUUUAUGGCUAUCAAUUCUGUAUGACUACCUGAAUUUUCGACAACCUGGAACAAGAUUUGACCAAUCAAACUGGAUUACCUAUCAUAUUGACACUUUUAUAAUGUUUUGAAGAUACUCAUCAACUCACUUGUUUAUUAGUAAAUGAAGAGUUUAAAAUAUUUAUUGUAAAGUUUAUUUGAUCUUGCGAAGAAAGUUAAUGCAAUUUAGAAAUGAUCAUCUACUGAUGGUUAUUUGUAGACAAAUUAAUUAAAUGUCUUUUUAUUAAUUCAAACAUAUUGGAAUAUCUAUGAAUACAUAUAUUUUUAAUAUGUGCUUACAAAUACUCACACUGCCUACAAAUAGAAUAGGAGUGAAAAGAUUUCGUUAAAUCAAUAGUGUUCGAUUAUAUUGAGUCAGAGGUUGGAUGAUGGUUAUAUCAUCUCGUGAAUAAACUGAAUUUAAAAUGUAUAGAUCACUAGAUUCUGAAUUUAACUCACUGACAUACUCUUUUUACCCUUGUGGAGCGGCAUAGGCCAUAAUUCUUCUAAAUGAAGAUCUUUCAACUCAAAUGACAGAGUUUUAAUGGUUUAAAUUGUUUGUCGUGAUUGGCAUUUGUGGCAGGGUUGUUUUGUAAGGCAUGAGGUUGCUAAUUCUUUGUCCAACAGUACUUUCCUAUCUGAACUUGAAACCGGUAGUAAUAUUAGAAGGGCUACGGAUGGAAAUGGGUUUCUGGUUUUGUUAUUGAUACUUGGCAGGGUCGAUGGUUAUUACCGUCGAUCAGUUUCAGACUUACAGAAAGCAGUUUCUUCAACCAGUCCUCUUAAUAGACAAUAUAAUUCGAGAGGGGAGAAUGCAUUCGUGGAAUAGAAAUUGUGAACUGGCUUCCAAACUAAAGAUCUAAGGGAGCGAAAGAUUCAGUGGGUCUCCUCUAUUGUUAUUGAUUAUGAAUGAUGCCAUCAAUUAUCUCUAAUCAAGGGUUAUGAUAAUCUCACAGAACCCGAACACACUACUCCACCGCCCUGUCUGUUUCUAAUAGUUCCCUAAUUGAGGUCAACAUAUAAGAAAAACUACCUUUAAAUUGAAAUAAUCUCCUUAACCUUCUUAUCUGAAUAAUUUUCGUGUGUAUUAUCGGUUUUAGGUUGCUAAAUGUAAACUACUGAUGAAGUUUCAACAUUUAUUAUUAACUGAGAUAAAUAAAUUAUACUUUUAUCUGAUGCAUACGAAUGAUAGCUGACACAGAAAUUCGUUAGGAUGCUAGUAAACGAUUCAACUUCUUAAUUGGUAAGAUUUAUCCUAAAUUUCAUUGAAAAAGAAACGUUUUCUAUGUUGUUAGUAUGAUAUAUUUCAGUCUAGUUUAACAGAUUCAAUGGACUUUCACUUUGCCCAGUAGGAAGAUCAUUUUACUUGUUAACUAAUAAUAAAACACCAUCAAAGAUGAUUCUUAUUUCUGCAUUUCAAAGCAAAUCAGCAAAAUGUAAAUUUUGAAACUAUCACAAGCUAUUUCGUUCACUGAUAUUAUGAUUAGUCACUAAAAUUGAGGUAGAAAAAUGCUGUAGCGAGUAAUAUUGGUUCAGUCAAUCCACACGUUGAUUAUGUAAGAACUAAUCUUUAGGUUAAAACAAUCAUAUUCCUCAGUUGUCUAAAAGUUUAUCGGUUAUGGAACGGAGAUUGAUGAAAAAGAACUGUGCAUAAAUAUGCUUUAGUUGAAUUUUGGAGCAUAAACUAUUUCAGUUCUCAUUAAAAUUUGAUCUGUCUAAAUGUCUCCAUUAUCUUUGCCUUUGCCCAGUUGCAUAUGUAGGUUUCAAAAAUCUUUCAGAGUUUAUCGGGAUUACAACUGACUGUUAACAUAAAAUAUUAUUCCAGAGAAUGUGAAUCAGCUUGGUUUACUCUAUAUCAGUCUAUUAAAAAGUAGGGAAUCUUAUUUUGACUUCGUCAGCCAUCUUGUGUUUGAGAAUUGAACAAACAUAAAUCACGUGAUGCAAAAUAGCUUUCAGGUAUUUGCUUUCAGUCAGUUAAUUCCCCUUAGUUUUGAAUAUCAGAUUAUAUGUCUAGACAAGUGGAGAGAUCUUGAAUCUGUUAAGUUCUCGAUUGCCAUUAGGUUAACCAUCGAUCAGGUGACAUCAUAGUUAUUUAGCUAUAUUCAUCCGUAAAUUAUUGUCAUUAGAUAAUUUACAUCACGAACUGGUUUGAUACCACCAUUGAAAACUAGAAAGCAUUAAACAAAAGUUUCGUAUUAGUAUGGGACCCAUUGGCAGUGCGCACCCACAACCCGACCGAGGCUCGAACAAAGGACCCUCGGUCUCGCGCUCGGACGCCUAAACUCUAGACCACUGAGCUGGGAUCCAAUGGUGUAUGUAUCUAAAUUCAAACAAUUGCGAUAUUGCGCGACCAUAUAUUGUCUACAGUGAUUAACUGUCUUAUACUCGAUUUGGUUGCCCACUGCUGAGGAGUUCCAUAUUGGUUCGGAACAACUGUGUAGUGCCUUCCGGUUUUCAGUGGAGGUCUUAUUAAAAUCACUCCAUAAUAUAAGCUAUGAAAUUUUAGCAAUCUAUACAAAACCACGAUACUAAUGUCAUUUGAUUCACUUAUGAAUAGAAACGACUUGAAGCACGGUACAGUGAUGUAUUAGUUUAAAUUUUAUGUUUUAUAUCAGGGGAGUAAAGCUGUAAGACUAUGUAACAGGUUAGCAACAAUCUACGCAAGUAACAAUAUUUUCUCAUGGGGAUAUAAUAAUCAGUGACAUCUUUAAUCCGUUUAUUUACUUAAUCCUAAUUAAAGUGAACUUUCAGUUCUAAAUGAACUCAGUGAACGUAAUGUAUCUCAGUCAGUCUAACAGAUACAAAUUUACAAUAUACUUUUAAUGGUUUUAAACUUGAAAUAAACACCAGACUACCUGUUAUUUUUAUAUAUCAAACACUUUCAGCAAUCGUUUAUCACAUCAGUGGAAUAUAAGAGAUUGUAUCAUACACAAACCUCUAUCCGACUCUACAAGUGAUGCACCGAACUUUUCUUAUUUUGAGAUUUAACCAUUCUUCAGCAAUCCAAAAUGCGUAUAAAGGUUGUUUAAUUACUGUACUGCUUGGUGUAACAUCACAUGGUUAGACGAACAUAUUUCGUAUUCCAUUGAAAUAAACAGUUUAUAACCAAUGAAAGUUGAUUUCGCUAUCUAGUAAUAGUUGUAUUGUAGUAGAUUUCCAUCAAAAUUAUAUUACUCAUUGGUUGUGAAUGAGCAUAUGUGAUGUGUCAUCUUUUUGAUGACUUUCAAAUGAAUUAGAUACUUAAUAAUUAAGGUAACGUGAUACUUUUUUGUUUGAUAUUAUCACUAAUGCACUGUUAAUUUAAUUGUUAUUCACGUGUUUAUUUUUUGUUUGUUACUGACUGACUGACUUUGUACAUUUGGUCACUUGUAGCAAUCAACAUAACGAACACAUGUAUUCAUGGAAAUCACACUUUUCUUGGAUUAUGAUGUCUAGUCUUUGGUUGUGACCAGUGAAUUUACAGAAAAAAACCCAGAAAGAUUGUUAUCCUUGUAUUUGAUAAAAAUAUAAGUAUAGAUUCGUGUAUAUAACCGUAAAAACAGAGAAAAAAUAUAUCGAACUGUUGUGUAUUCUAACGGAGUUCAUCGGACAGGAGGAAAACAAUUUGAUAGAACAAUAAUUGUGUAGCUGAUUCGUGUGUCUUGAAAACACCAACCAAAUUUCUCCAAAGUACAUCAUAGCUUUGUUCUUAUAGUUAUCUCUGUUUGAUUAUUGUAAUACCGCACUCUUAUUUCUGUAGAACUUUCUGGAUACUAGAAUUAACAAUUUAAGCGUUGGUAUUGUGAUAAAGAAUGUUACUUGUUUGACUUCGAGGUUUUCUUGCACUAUUUUCAUAAAUUGUAUUGAUAUCUUACAGGAAUAGUCAAACGAUUUCUAUUAUCAGUUAUGUGAAAUACUUUUAGUGGUGAGAAUUUAUUUUCCCAGCUAGUAUGUAUUACUUACAAAACGAAGUUUAAUUUUUGUUAUGUAUUUAAAGUGUUUUGAACCAAUAAUUCAUAGGUUCUUAUUUUAAACUCGAUUAUUUCAUAUUAUAAUCUUAAUUUGCCAGUUAUUAUCUCAUUCGGAGGUCAGAGUGGUAACUAUAGUGUAUUUUAGUUGAAACACUAAAUUCCAGAGGGAUCGGACAACUGUUUCUUUCCGAUUUGUUUUUUGACGCUAAGCAUUAUGAACUGUAACUUGGAUUAGAUAGCUGGAUAUCACUCAUCCGAAUCGAAAAUACUAGUGUUCAUUGACUAAGAUUCUUCUCUAUCACGAAACCACUUAAGUACCUAGCUUUGGAUCCCGAUUUCAAUAUCAUCCUUUUGACGGCUGUAUUUUUGAGUAUGGUUUUAUGCAACAAUAAAUGAAUUUAUUUUCGCCUCCCAUAGUUAACAUAGUGAGGUGAUUUAGUAUCCCAUAAUUCAGAUCGAUAUGAAAUGCUUCAACUCUUAAUUUAGCUAACAAAAUUUAAUUAAAACUCUUAUUAAGAUACACUAAUUGUGUCAUGAAUUAUUACUAUACAUAUUGGAACUAUAAGGAUACAAUUAUUACUAAUAUAAAUAUAGAUAGGGGAGUAAUUGAUUAGUUGUUAUUUUUAGUAAUAUUGAUUUGGGACAAUUUAAUAGAAAUGUAUGUUUACAGUUUUUGUGGAGUAUGCGAAAUAUCUGGGCUUUCAAUUUUUAAUAUAAUCUCAGUGAGUUUAUAUUUUUUGUUAUUCUUUUGGAACAGGUAGUACUGCUGGGGAAUUUCGAAGUAUGCUAUAAAACACCAUUUUGCCUUGAAUAUUUAUCCACCUUGGGUCAUUUCAUGAUAAAAACUAUACUCAACUCAUGUCAAUCUCUAUUAUUUAUCUAGCUAACUUUCUCUUUAAUAAAUCAAAAUAUAUCUUCUGUAAAUAGCAGGAAUUCCGGAAGUUUUAUUUCGACAUAAUUUAGUAGUAAUAAUGCUUCUAAUAUUUCUAUAUUAAAAUAAUGACUUAUUGUUUUUGUAUAUUUAAAAUAGGUGCAUCAUAUAGUGAACAUAGUAGUUUUCUGGAGUUAAAACAAUUCAUUACACGUCUUCAUCCUGUACAAGUACAACCUACUGUUUUUGGUAAAUCGAUUACUAUGACGAAAGAUACAGUAAACAGCUGGUUGAAAUGAAAAAAAAGUCACUGUCAUGGCAAAGACCAUUAGUUUAACUUGGAUAAAUUAUUCGUACAGAAAUACUUUUCUUGCUUCUGUUAAAUAAAAUGUUGAUUUAUGGAA